AUGUUUCCCAAAUCUCUUGUUUAUGCUUUCGUAGCCACUUCCCUCUUCCUCGCCAAUGGUGGUGUUGAAGCUAGGAGCGGCGACCACACUACUGAUAAAAGCAGCACCUUAGGCAACGACCUAAAGGCUCCAUCGUUCAUCACCAUCUCUUCCAUCCUCUCCACCACUCAUGCUGACAGUGGUUUCCUCGGUAUCUGCCGGCUCCCAUCUACUCCUUAUGACGGAAUCUCUGACUAUGAUGGCGAUCGUAGUGAUUCCCAUGUUCAAAAGUUUAUAGACGAAGCCAAAAAGAACGCCGAGUGCUUUUGGCAAGACCCUACCAAUGUUUUGUGCAAAGAGAAAGGUGGAAAAGAGGAUCUGGACCCCAAAGAUAUAACUUGGUGGUAUCAAACAUUCUGCAAGCGUUGUUCCGACGCUGGUGGAAAGAACAGAAGUGAAUUCGCCUGUGUGAACGUGGAUGCUGCUCCUGACGUGAAGGGUAAAGGUACAAAGUCGAACGGGGGGAUGAAGCGGAUGCCUAGGACAGAUGAUGAUGGUCUUGUCUAA